AGACCAUAUGCUCUGUCAUUGCUGCCGUCCAGCACUAUCUCUACACUUCUCUUUAUACUUGGAUGUUGAUUGAAGCAAUAAACCUUUACUUGAAGAUGGUAAAGGUUUUCUCUUUUGGAAAGCCAUAUGCAACAUACAGCUUGAUUGGAUGAGGUAAAGUCAUGAAUCGAUUUUAAAUAGGAGAAUUGCUUGACAGUGCUACGUUACAAUUAUACAUUAGCUUUGCUGUGGUGUUAUUGGCUGUAAAAAUCAAAUAAAGUUCGUCAAUCGUAAUUCAUCAGUUUCAAUAAAUUGGUCUCUCUAUUCGGUUCCUAACAAUAGCCCAUUUUACAGUUGCGUACUUGGUUACCAAGCCUUUGAACAGGGGUGAAGCUAAGGGUGACCAUAUUACGAUACAAACGUUGCUACUUUUCAAAUGUAAAUACUUUGUUAUCAUGCUAACUAGAUACUGGUCUCUGUCACAACAAGGUUACUUGUUCAGCCUCACUCCAAAUCGAAGGCUUGGUAACUAAGCAGACAAUUGGAAAAUGACCUAUUGCAGUGUUGUGAAAAAUGUUUUUUUUCUCUUAAAAUAUAGGCGUACCAGGGGUUGUUGUUGCCUUGAUGGCAGCAAUCCAGCCUUCAACAUACGACAUGAGUACAAUUUUGUACAAAGACAUCACGUGUGGAACGCUCAAACUCAGGGGGACUGAGGAAAGAGAAAGAUAUCUCACUCAGUGGAAGAAAAAAGUAGAUAAAAUGAAGUAAACAACUACAUCGAGUCCAUAGUGAAUCACAGUAAUAAUCUAUGGUAUAAAAAAUUGCAAUUCAUAUAUGUGUUUUCACUGAAGAGAGACAUGACGAUGCGACGAUGUCAGAUGUUGUAUUCAACGUAGUCAGACGAAAACCUUGACGGUCAAAUGACACUGAGAAUUAUUUGUUGUAGCAGACAAAUACGGAAAUGUGACAAAAUUGUAACGUAGGAAGAUGAUUUCUAGAUGCCUUCCUUGUAAUCAAAAAGAAAAAUGCUUCUUUCAGGAGUUAAAUCGUUAACUAUCUUCGUUUUGUAAACAGCUAUGCUCACCAAUGAAGGCUCAUUCAAACCGAAUAUAAAGAUCUACAUACAACUUCUUACCAACUUAACUUCCUUGUCCGUGUAAACUGAUGAUUUCAAUGUUUAUGGUUUCAGAUGUUGGCUCAACGGAAGUAUCUGGAAAUUCAAAGGACCCGUGCUUGCCAUGCUUUUGGUAAAUUUUGAAGUCAUCGUUGCCCUCCAGUAAAAGAACAUAUAUAGUACUCGAAAACAUUUUGAGCGUAAUUUUGGGUAUUCAUCGUCCUCUUUUAACUCUCCUUGUGGUGGACUUAAAUAAAAUUUAAUGUUAUCCUAGGAAGUUUAGAAGCUUUUGCUCUGGCUGUUUUCUGUAGAAAUCUUAAAAAUCACCAAUUUAUUAACAGUGCAGGAUUCGCUAAAACAAUUUCAAAAUUUUUAAAGAAACUUAAAAAUGUUUUUCUGAAAGGUCGCGUUUUGCUUUGCUGGCUUUGUUCCCUAAUCGGCUGCGUUUGAAAUUUUGAAAAAGCCUUCAAUAUUUACUUUAAACACUGCUCAAAGAUGCAUCUAACAAUUAAGAGCAUAUAGCUAUUAGAGCCUGGACUCUUAAAGUCACGUGCAAUAACCAAGUAUCAGGCCACAGUUUUCUCCAAAAUAAGUUCUAAAACAUUUUAAAACAGUAUUUUUCAAUGUCUGAAGCUCAACCAAUGUUAUUUCUUUAUAGCCUUGACUUGAAGUGGGAAUCUUAUUUAAAAUUUUUUUUUAUUUGGGGCUCCGAUUGAAACUGUAAUGAUUCUGUGUUUUCAUAAAUUCUUUUUGCCGUCACUGAUGACGGCAAUGUGAAUGUCUUCAAUCCAAACAUUAGGCUUCUAAAUCAAUGGCUGCUCUGCACUUGUGGGUAAAUCUUGUUUCGUUCCUUGUCGUCUGUGAUAAGAGAGGAAUGACUGAGUUCGCAACCUUUGGCAUGAUACUUGAUACUUCAUCAGACUUUUAGAGGAGAUGGUGGCAACACUUUUCACCCUUUGAACUUAGAAUAGCAGUAACGUCCAAUCUUGGCAUGUUUAACAUUAACAAAAGGGUAUGUCUUCUGUUAUCGUAAUGACGUCUGUCUUUUGCCUCCUAUUCAGACAAACCUUGCGAUCUUUGUUAUUGUUCUGCGAGUGAGCUUUGGGAGGAUUGAAAGCACAAGUUAUGUGCAGACCACCAAGUAAAUACAUAUGGUUGCCUUUUGUGUUUUUUAUAAGCUUCUUUUUAUGUGUAUUUCGUUAAUCUUCUACAUUUUUACUUAAGGAGGAAGGUACAAUUUUUUCCACAGCGAUUUGUUUACUUACGACAGUGGGAAAAAAGCGCAUGAAAAAGUGAGCAGAAGACAGUAUAGUUAGAAUGUUAAAAUUGAGUUAAUGCUAGGUUUAAGGUUAACGUACUCCACCUUCACCACUAAGAAGGUUCUAACUAAAGUGCAAUUAAAUGAAUCGCGAAAGGCUUUUCUUUCUCUCCAGGAAAGGACUAAAAGCUAUCUUCGCUUUGCUUCCAUUGCUGGGCGUGACAUUUUUGCUGGGCUUCUUUGUUGAUUGUCAUGUUGCUGUGGAAUACGCCUUUGUGUUAUUGAAUUCAAUUCAGGUAAAGUGUAUGACGGGAUUAGAUAAUAUUCCUGUUUUUUUGGUUACUUUUCAUGUGACUUCGAAUUCUUAGUCUUAAAAAUGGGUGAACAGGAAAAUAAGGGAGACGCAGCAAUAACUAAUAAAGGAAAGAUGUACGAGGAUAGUUUGUCGUAAGUGGGAGUAAAAAAGAAAAUAAAUAAUCCCCAUAACGAUUCGCAAUCCAUCGAAAAAAACAUACAAAGCCAUUCAGAAGAGAGGUGUUAACGAUACAACCACCUCAGGAUGAAUUAGUGGCUAAGGGCGUGUUACCUAUGAAGUACGCAAUGGCUGUACGGUUUUAGACAGAUAGAGUGACAACACAACAGAGCCUGUGCAUAGUGUCGGGCACUCAUUUAUUGGAAAAACUCUCUAACUUUAUUCUUUUUAAAAAAUGUUAGGGUGUGCUGUUCUUUAUCUGUCACUGUGUACUCGAUGAUCAGGUGAGUAUAAAUGCUGAUAUCAAUUUUAUCAUUUAUCUACUGAUUUAGCUACAUGUUGGUGUUGCUUUAUUUUUCUGUGUUUUUGCUUUUUGUUUUUUGUUUUUUUUUAAAUAAAGGGAUCUUUAACGAAUCUGAAUUGAAAUGUAAAGCCAAAACUAAGUUAAAUGUAUUUGAAAGGAAGUAAAGUACAAGGAACCUACACGAACAUAGUACAAGAACAUGUAAAUUUCCUAAAGCGCGAGAAACCUUUAGUAAGCUACUCGGACAAAGAUGUGUUUCUGAAACUAAUUGAUAAAGAAAAUGGUGUGAAUUUUUUCAGUUAAGGAUUACUUUUGAAACUCAGUAAAGAGGCACUCUUUGAAGCUAGAAAUGAACAUGAAGCAAUGAUUUACUCUACCUCUUUGCAACUGAGGACAAAGCUUAAGUAUUGAAAAGGCUUCCAACCAAUCUUCAUUUAGACCCGGAGAGCACCUUUACCACUGCUUGCUCUUGCUUUGCGAUUAUUCCAGUUUGUCUUACAUCUUAAACUCAGCACUAGACGAAUUGAAUCUUUAUUUAUAUAUUUAUUUUGAAGUAAUGAAAGGAUUUUCAUUUUCUUGGCAAAUAAGUCUUUGAUAAGUCGUUGAUAAUAUUUUUGGCAUAUUUCCCCAAAGAGGUAAGUCCAAAUGCGACAGGCCGGUAUAACACCCAAAGUAAGUCAAACUCAUUUCUAUGCAUGAAAUAAGAGAUGAUUUGUUACCAAUCAUCAACCCUUUUUCGUUUAUGUUUCCAGGUUCGUAAUGCCAUGAAUAAGAUGUUACGUAAGAGGAAACGGGUACACAGUCUCCAGCAA